AUGUCCAUUUUGAAGCAUCAUUAUUUUACUGUGGACACCAUCAUGGAGGAGGUGCAUCAAAAAUGUUCGAAUCUGGUGAUGUACUGCACCUUCAAUAGAAAACGAAGGAAUUGCGCAGAUAUUUUCUUCUUGGUAAAAACUUGUUUUGGGUAUUGUUGUGCGUUCAAUUACGCAGCUCUAAAAGAUGCUAGCGAACUGCCAUUUGUGGACCCAGACCCGGAUUUGGAAUACUACGAUGACACAAUGAACGACGAGGACAACAGCGACGGAGAUGAACUUCCACCAUAUGCUAAAAUUAUAGCCACAUCAGAAUCUGGCAGUGCAUCCGGUCUAAGCGUAGUUUUCAACGUGGAACCAAAUGAUUACCCGACUUGGUCACCCAUCCCUUAUUAUGGGGCUAAGAUCAUAAUAAACGACCCAAAUGAUUACCCAGAAACAUCAAAUGUCUACAGCUAUAUAACUUUAGGAGAAUCUGUCGAUAUCAAAGUAGAACCUAGGGUUUUCCAAAGCCAGUCGGAUGUUCGAAGAGUCGACGCAAGUAAAAGAGAGUGUUGGUUCCACGAUGAAGUCUAUCUUGGACAUACAGAUCGGUACAGCUACGAGACUUGCUGGACCGAGUGAUUCGUAUCCACGAGGGACAUGCUUUGUACUCCAAUUUGCUACGUAGAGUGCCGUGACAAAGGCUACAAAAUGACCAGGGAUGUAACUCCUUUUCUAUCUUCAUUGUACCCUGAUGACGUCAUGUAA